AACGAAGACGACGAAGACCCCGUACGCUACAUUUUACACUUCUCUCUCUUUCUUUCUCUUUGUCACACACUUCACUCACCUCUCACACAAUUUCAGUUGCGCUUCUACAGGACUCACAUUGCUUGACCUCACCUGUGUGAACACAAAGAGAAAAAAAAAAACAUUUGAUCCAACGAAAAUUUUGAAAUUUCUUUUAUUUCUCCUCCCAGUGAUGAAAUCUCAAAACCCAGAUAAGAAAACCCUAAGAGGAGCAUUUAGUCAGGAAUCUAGUCUAGUGGGUUCAGGUUCUGGAGAUUUGGUUGUGGAUGGUUUGAAAUGCGAUGGGAAAGGUCCGGUUAAGGAGGCGUUAAUGGAAGAGGAAGACGAAGGUGGUGAUAAAGUGAGGAAGAUUGAAGUCUCUGGAGGGAAUAUAUCACUUGUUGUUGAUUUUAGUGGUUCUGUAACUGGUAUUUGUUCUCAAAGUGUCUUUGAAUCUAAUGGUACGAAUGAGAGACUGGUUAAAAGAAAUGGGUACAGAGAGGAUCAAACUCAGGAGUUUCUGGUUGGGAAUCUUGUCUGGGUGAUGAAUAAAUACAAGAAAUGGUGGCCAGGAGAAGUGGUUGAUUUCAAAGCUGAUGCAAAGGAGAGUUUUAUGGUUAGGUACAUUGGUCAGAGCCAUCUUGUUUCAUGGUUUGCAUCUUCGAAGUUGAAGCCUUUCAAGGAGAGCUUUGAGCAAGUAUUGAAUCAAAGAAACGAUGUAGGGUUUUUCGCUGCUGUAGAGAAAGCUAUGUCCUUGUUGAGCAACUCGUUAAAACUUGAUAUGACUUGUUCUUGCAUUGCUGAUGGCAAUGCAAUAGUUUCAGCCCAAAAUGUACCAACUCGGAAGAACAAGCCUUUGAUACUGCGUGAAUUCGCUGUCGAUCGGUUGGAACCCAAAGAGUUUGUCACUCAGCUGAAGGAUAUUGCGAAAUGUGUGUUGAAUGCUGGGGUACUUGAGUCUACAGUUAUGCAGUGUCGGCUAUCGGCUUUUUAUACUCUCUUUGGGCACAAGCAGAUACCAAUGAGCCAGCUACACGAAAAUGAGGGUAGGAAAAGUUUCACUGCUAAGAUGAAUGAUAGUCAGUUCGCUGGUUCUCCAUCAGUUGUUGCAGGUAAUAGCAGAAAGAGGUUUCGGAAAGAUUGGUUUAGGAAGUUUGUAAGUGAGGUUGACAAUGUGUCUGCUAGAGACCAUCUAGUAAAUGUGCCUUCUUCUGAUUUGAUAUCUAAACUCAAGCUGCUUGCUGUGGACCAGAAUUGUUCACAAGAGACCGAAAAGUUUGGUCUCUUUGAGUGGUUCUUCUCCAAAUUCAGAAUUUCUGUGUUUCAUGAUGAAAAUGCUUACAAGAUGCAGUUGGCUAACAUGGCUGGUUUCAAGGAUUUGAUGUUAGCUAGAAAUGCAAAUCGUGGUACUCAUCAGAAAACUUCAAACUCGAAGAAAAUAGGGAAGUCAAAGAUCGAGCUUUUCAGUGGUGUUUCAGUUGCUGAUACUGAGAAGAAGACCUUCGAGUCGCAGAUAUCAGAGAAGUUAGAGGUCGUUUCUCUUAAUUGUGCUUCAACUCCAGAUAAUGAGCACCAGGCCUCAAAGACGAAGAAUUCAGGGAAGACAAAGAUCAAUCAUAUCAUUGGUCACUCAGAUUUGUCUAGUUCUGUUGUUAAUGAGCCGUUUUCGAAAGAUUUCCAAGAUACACCAUUGGUUCAAUUUCCAGACGGGAAAGCUACUACAGGAGACACACUCAGCCGACCCGCUGCUACACUUGUACCUGACCUGAACAGCGGAGGUAAUGCUUUAGGUAAUGCAGAAUAUGAGCAUUUGCAAAGACCUGAGAUGUUAAUGCCGCCCAAUGUCUACCCACAAGAGGAGAAGACACCAAGAUCUAUGAUCCUCAACUUUCAGGUGACAGCUCCGUGUUCAACUCAUGGAGUCUCAGGAACUCAGUUUGUUUCUAGUCUGCCAGAUUCAGAAAGAUUCUUUACGAGUGCAGACCUUUUCACUGGUUCAGUGAAGAAAAAGAGAGGAAGGAAGAGGAAGAAUGCAGAAGAGCUUCCAAUAGUUGCACAUGCCAGUACUGGUAUCCCUGAUUUAAAUGGAAUGAUUACAGAGCCAACUUCGGUUAUGCCUCAAGUUGAGCCUCCACAGCGCAGAAGACGUCGGAGAAAAGAGGGGAUACCUAAUGGAGUAACUAGAGGAAUCACAAUCCUCUUCUUAAAAUUUUCCUCCCAAGUGUCAAUGCCUUCAAGAGACGACCUAACCUCGACAUUUUCUGCGUUUGGUCCUUUGGAUUCUUCUGAAACACACGUUUCAGAAGGACUUAAUGGUGCACAGGUUGCCUUUGUGAGUAGUGCCGAUGCGAUAGAAGCAGUUAAAAGCUUAGAGAAAGCUAACCCAUAUGGUGAAACCUUAUUGAGUUUCAAGUUACAGCAGAAAUUGAUAACCGUUCAAAGAAACAUAGCCCCGCGAAUGCCGGUAAUCUCACAUGUUAGUCCCAUACCGAAACCGAACAGUAUACCGACGAGUGUGGAGUCAAUGAGGCAGAAUCUGUUGAUGAUGACAGCGAUGCUGGAGAAUUCCGGGGAUAGUUUAUCAAGAGAGACUAAGGCAAAGCUGAAAAGCGAGAUCACGGGGCUUUUGGAAAAGGUUAGUUCUAUGCCGAGCUCUUCUUCUUCCUGAACAAUCCCUAACAUACGUCAAUGUGAUUCUCUCAGGCUUUCUAUUGUACCAUGUGUUGUAACUUUUGUAUCCCAUCAUAUGAAUUGGGUUCCUGUGUGUUUCAGUCUUUAGUUUGACGGUAGUUCUAGACUAAGAUUAGAUAAUAGAAGAUAUUGGCAAUAUUCUAAUAACUUCUUCAGCUUUUUCGUUGAUAGCGUUUAUAAUCUCCACCCUUCAGCUCA